AGAAUGUCAAAAUUUAUCAUUACUUUUAGAACUCAUUUCAGAGCGAUUUGUUCUUCUUCUUCCCCAUUUCUAACAACCCUAACUUCAGCCAUGGCUACUGAAAUCAACGCUGAAGAUAUUUCUUCAUCAACUAUUGAUCCACUUUCUGUACCUUCUGCUGAAGAAAUCAACAACAACGGAAGCAGCACUGUUAUAGAUGAUGUUGUUGAAUCUUUAAAGAAAACUGAAGCGGAAGAGUUUGGAUUUCAGAGACCUGAGAUGUUUAGUCUCAAUAUUUCUAAUACAGUAGAUCCUUAUCAUCGCCAUAUGUUUCUUGUUUAUAAGAAUGUUGAAAAUUGGGAACCGAUUAUUGAAAAAGCUGACAAAGAUUCUCUUCCUGGAUUUUUAGCCGCUGCUUUGAAAUCUCAUGCUGAAAAGACUACUAUCAAGACACGGAUGACGAUUUGUGAAGGACCUUACGGAACUGAGUCUUCUGAUGGGGAUGUGUUUCUUUUCCCUGAAAUGGUCAAGUACAGGGGUUUGACAAGCAAUGAUGCGGAUAAGUUUGUUGAAGAUGUGCUGGUCAAUGGCAAGGACUGGGUUUCUGGAACAGUGGAACGAUUAGAGGGUUCGUAUGUGUUUGUGUGUUCGCAUGGUAGUCGAGACAAGAGAUGUGGUGUUUGUGGGCCAGAACUUAUUGAGAAAUUUAAAGAGGAGAUUGAAUCGAGGGGGAUGAAGGAUCAAGUCUUUGUUGGCCCAUGUUCCCAUGUUGGUGGACAUAAGUAUGCAGGGAACUUGAUCAUUUUUAGUUGCAAUUCAACAGGAGAAGUUACUGGACAUUGGUAUGGAUAUGCUACUCCUGAGGAUGUUCCUGCUAUGCUUGAUCAACAUAUUGGGAAGGGAGAUGUCAUCGAAAAGCUAUGGAGAGGUCAAAUGUUGGCUUUCCCUACUGAAGAUAGCCAGAAAGUAGCUGAAGAGAAGCUUCUGGAAAAUGGUGGUACAGCUUUUGCAAAUGGAACCAUCUUGGAGAAAGGUGAGAAAGAGGAAUCUCAAGCAAGCGCUGAAGGUGGGGAUAUGGUGAAGGAUGCAGGAAGCUGUUGUCAAGGUCCCAAUGGAGUUUCUUGUUGCAAAGACGGAAACGUCGAAGAUACCACAAAUGUGAAGAAAGCAGCUGAAGGUGUCAAGACCAGUUGUCAGGAAAGGUUGUCAGCAUGGAUGAAUGGUGAAUUCGAACAGAAUGAGGUUUAUGCUGGUCUUGCUGUUGUAAGUGCUGUGGCUACCAUUGCUGUGGCUUAUUCGAUCUAUAGAAGCUUAAGUUAAUCCUUAGCUGUAAAGCAAUGGACAUUACGGAGUAGGAAUAGGAAAUAGAUCCAGUUUUUCUUGCACCCGAGUUACAAUGGGUGCUCACCUGUUAGUUUUUUUGUUCUCAUCUCCAAAUGGUACUCUAAAUGCGAAGAUGCAUAUCUCCUUCCGAGUUGGAGCUCUGGAAUCUAAGAAACAGGGGAACACGACCUUUCUGCUCCUUCCAUUUUAACAUUGUACCUAUUUAUUUAUUUUUUGAAGCAUGAUAUUAUGCCUAUUGUGUACUGUCCUAUUAAACUUGAGAACUUUCUUGUUUAAUCAGGUAAACCCGACCCAGAUUAAUGGCUA